UCCCCGCAAACCAACUCCACAUAUUUUCUCUCACUAUAUUCUUCCACAGUAGAGAGAGAAAUCAACACACACCUAUUUAACUUAUACUUGCAGCAUUAUUUUCCUAGAGAGAGAAACCCCCAAAUUCAUCAAUCGCCAUGGAUUUUCAGAUCUGUGGCCUCUCCCUCGCCUUCCUCGCCCUCCUCUCCAUCACCGCCUCCGCAUUGCCGGCCGGCCAGAUCAAUUCCAAUUCAGUCCUCGUAGCUCUCCUCGAUUCCCACUACACCGAGCUCUCUGAGCUCGUCGAGAAGGCUCUCCUCCUGCAAACGCUCGAAGACGCCGUCACCAACCACAACAUCUCCAUCUUCGCCCCAAGGAACGAGGCAUUGGAGCGAGAUUUGGAUCCCGAAUUCAAGCGCUUCCUGCUCGAGCCGCGGAAUCUCAAAUCGCUCCAAAACCUGCUCCUCUUCCACAUGAUUCCCACCCGCAUUCAGUCCAAUCACUGGCCGGUGGGCCCCAGGAAGAAGCCCGUGCUCCACUCCAGCCUCUGCCGCGACGCCGCCGCCGAAUUGAUCCCCCUCCACGAGAAAAACGGCCAGAAAAUCGUCGGCACGGCUAGGGUUAUCAAAUCCGACGACAUCGUCCGCCCCGACGGAGUAAUCCACGGCAUUGAGAGGCUCCUCAUCCCCAAAUCCGUCGAGCGCGAGUUCAAUUCGCGCCGCAGCCUCCGCGAGACCUCCGCCGUGAUCCCGGAGGGGGCGCCGGAGGUCGAUCCGCGCACUCACCGCCUGAAAAAAGCGGCGCCGCCCGUCCCCGCCGGCGCCCCGCCGGUCUUAUCCGUGUACGACGCCCUCGCCCCGGGCCCCUCCCUCGCUCCGGCCCCCGCCCCCGGGCCGGGUGGCCCGCACCACCACUUCGACGGCGAGAGCCAGGUGAAGGACUUCAUCCAGACGCUCCUGCAUUACGGCGGCUACAACGAGAUGGCGGAUAUUCUGGUAAAUCUGACUUCUCUCGCCACCGAGAUGGGGCGCCUGGUCUCCGAGGGCUACGUGCUGACGGUUCUAGCCCCAAACGACGAGGCCAUGGCCAAACUCACCACCGACCAGCUCAGCGAGCCCGGAGCGCCGGAGCAGAUCAUGUACUACCAUCUGAUUCCAGAAUACCAGACGGAGGAGAGCAUGUACAACUCCGUGAGGAGGUUCGGGAAGGUGAAAUACGACACGCUGAGACUGCCGCAUAAGGUCGUGGCGGAGGAGGCCGACGGCUCGGUCAAAUUCGGCCACGGCGAGACCUCCGCUUACCUCUUCGACCCCGACAUUUACACCGACGGCAGAAUCUCCGUUCAAGGAAUCGACGGCGUCCUCUUCCCGGCCGAGGACACCGCCGCCCCCAAAUCUGCUCCGCUCGCCAAGGUCGUUUCCAAGCCGAGAAGAGGGAAGCUGCUUGAAUUGGGAUGCAGAAUGCUUGGGGCUGUUGGGCAAAAUCAUCACUUCUCCACCUGUCAUUAAAUUUUCAAAAAAUAUAUGAAAAAAAGUAAAUGAUAGCUGCAGAAAAGAUUUUUAGGAUGGUGAAUGUCUGUGCAUGAGCAGAAGAUAAAGGGUGAACCCCACAAGAGAGCUUUUUUCUUUCUUUUUUAUUUUGGUUUUGUUAUUUUGGUAUAAAUACUGUAAUUACAUACCCAUUUUUUUAUUUGUAUUUAAGUAAGUUUGGUCCGCCGACAGCCAGUGUAUGCACAAAUAUAUAGUCUUUUUUUAUUUUUGUUUCUCUUUAUAAAGAGGGUUUGCCUCUGUUUUAAGAAUGUCAAGAAAAUCUUGUGAUGAGAACUACUUUUUCCUCUAUUUUUACUUCUAAUAAUGGACAUUAUUUGUUGUCCUUGUGUGGAUGGAAA